AAACAAUUCUCAGACUUUCAGGGCAUUUUGGUGGUUUUGUUAGCUUUUGUUUCUCGGGAUAAUUCUCUUCAUUAGUUUUAUACUCUCGUUCUCUCCCUCUCUCUUUCUUCUUGUUCGUCACAUUCUCUGAAUGCUUCAUCCAAAAAUUAUCUUUCCAAGCUGGGUAUAUUAACAAGGCGUCAAUCUUUUUUCUUGUGGGUCUUCUCCAUUUGAUUUGAAUUUAGAAAGAAAGAGGUCCCCUGCGUGAAGAAGAUUGCUCAACGUAGUCUCUGUGUCUGAAAAAGACAGGGGAAGUAGAAGAUAGGCAAAGUCUUUCAUUCACAUUUGGGACAGAGAGUGAGAGAGAAGUUAUUUUCCAGAUAGACAAAAGUUGAUUGCUUAAAGAGGGAAUAUUGCCAUGGAAGGUGUAAAAUUGGUGCUCUGGAGAUUAUGGUUUCUGGUUUUGGUAUGGUUCCUUGAUGUCACCAUUGCUACACUUUCUCCUACUGGUGUUAACUAUGAAGUGACAGCUUUGGUAGCUAUAAAGAAUGAAUUGAGUGAUCCGUACAAUGUUCUGGAGAACUGGGAUGUGAAUUCAGUUGAUCCAUGUAGCUGGAGAAUGGUCACUUGCACUGAUGGCUAUGUCUCUGCACUGGGACUUCCUAGCCAAAGCUUGUCUGGUACAUUGUCUCCUAGAAUCGGAAACCUCACUUAUCUACAAAUUGUGUUGUUGCAAAACAAUGCAAUCUCGGGUCCGAUUCCUGAUACGAUUGGGAGGUUGGAUAAGCUUCAUACACUCGAUCUUUCCAACAAUUCAUUGACCGGGGAGAUACCAGCUUCACUUGGUGAACUCAAGAACUUGAAUUACUUGCGGUUAAACAAUAACAGUCUUUCAGGAACUUGCCCCGGGUCUCUAUCCAAGAUCGAGGGACUCACUCUAGUCGACAUUUCGUAUAACAACCUUAGCGGUUCGCUGCCAAAAGUGUCUGCCAGAACCGUCAAAGUAAUCGGAAACGCGUUAUUGUGUGGCUCAAAAUCUGUUACAAACUGUUCUGCUGUCUUCCCUGAGCCUCUCACACUUCCACAAGACGAUCCAUCAGAUGAAUCAGGAACUCAUUCCAAUGGCCAUCAUGUAGCUCUUGCAUUCGCCGCAAGCUUCAGCGCUGCAUUUUUUGUUAUCUUUACAAGUGGAAUGUUUCUCUGGUGGAGAUAUCGACGCAACAAGCAAAUAUUUUUCGACGUUAAUGAACAAUAUGAUCCAGAGGUGAGCUUAGGACACUUGAAGAGGUAUACAUUCAAGGAGCUUAGAUCCGCAACCAAUCAUUUCAACUCAAAGAACAUUCUCGGGCAAGGCGGUUACGGGAUUGUGUACAAAGGACACUUAAGCGACGGAUCAUUGGUUGCUGUAAAGCGUCUCAAAGACUGUAACAUAGCAGGAGGAGAAAUCCAGUUUCAGACAGAAGUAGAGACUAUAAGUCUAGCUCUUCAUCGCAAUCUCCUCAGGCUUCGAGGUUUCUGUAGUAGCAACAAUGAGAGAAUCUUAGUCUACCCUUACAUGCCUAAUGGAAGCGUUGCUUCACGCUUAAAAGAUAAUAUCAGAGGAGAACCAGCGUUAGACUGGUCAAGAAGGAAGAAGAUAGCGGUUGGUACUGCAAGGGGAUUAGUGUACCUCCAUGAGCAAUGUGACCCCAAGAUUAUACACCGUGAUGUGAAGGCAGCUAACAUUUUGUUAGAUGAAGACUUUGAGGCGGUUGUUGGUGAUUUCGGGUUAGCUAAGCUUCUAGACCAUAGAGACUCUCAUGUCACAACCGCGGUUCGUGGAACCGUUGGCCACAUUGCACCUGAGUACUUAUCCACUGGUCAGUCCUCGGAGAAGACUGAUGUCUUUGGCUUUGGUAUACUACUUCUUGAGCUCAUUACUGGUCAGAAAGCUCUUGAUUUUGGCCGUUCCUCACACCAGAAAGGGGUCAUGCUCGAUUGGGUGAAGAAGCUGCACCAAGAAGGGAAACUAAAGCAAUUAAUAGACAAAGAUCUUAACGACAAGUUCGAUAGAGUGGAGCUCGAAGAAAUAGUUCAAGUUGCUCUUCUGUGCACUCAGCUCAAUCCAUCUAAUCGACCUAAAAUGUCCCAAGUUAUGAAGAUGCUUGAAGGCGACGGUUUGGCUGAGAGAUGGGAAUCUUCGCAGAGCGGUGGGGCGGAGUCACUGCCACCGCCGUUGCCGUCGGGAAUGGUGAGCUCUUCGCCGCGGGAGAGGUAUUACUCCGAUUAUAUCCAAGAAUCAUCUCUUAUCGUCGAAGCUAUUGAGCUCUCCGGUCCCCGAUGAAGAGUGUCAUUUUUUUACUUUCUACUGGGUUUCUUUAUUUCGUUUUGCCUUUUUUUUUUCUUCUUAUAAAAAUGUAUAUAGAUGUGAGUUGGGUGUAAUUUUUCUGUAAACAGUAUUGACUGCCAUAGAAGGUGUUUAUUCAGCAGGCUUUGUAUCUCAUAAUGUAUCAUUUCGGUUGUUUUGAUGAAAAUUUAUAGAAAAAGCUAAUUUACUC